AUGGAUUUCCUCUACUUUGUCUUCGGGAUAGCACGACGCGUCGCGCCCAACGGGACACAUCGCAAAUUGAUCCUCGAUACCGAAAACACCAUGAGUCAGGUAGAGUCGAACGAUGAUAUUGAUCUCCCCAAGACGAUAGAAGAAGCAUGUCGUCUUCUCAGGAGACGCUUCAAUAAUAUCAAAGUGCAACCAAUCUCGGAUGGAACCCGUGACUUUUUUCCGGAGGGAAGUAUAGAAAACCUAGUGUCCCGGUCUAUUAUGAGGAACAUCUUAUCAGGUUCGCCCGAAUCCUUGGUCGACUACGUCUGCGAGAAGGCUCCUUUUGCCUUUUCACAUUUUGUUCCCCGAGGCUUUCAUGGCCAUUCGCUGUCGGAACUUGCACAGCUGCUUGAACAAGUCGGAUACAACGACACUCUGCUCCCUCUCGUGAAAGCCGAUCCAAGAAUCAAGUGGCAAAUCUCGGGUCACCCAGAUUGCGGAAAGUUAGAGGAUCUGAAGAUGGACCUCGAUGACUUUAGUUUGGGUCCGCAGUGGGAACGUAUUCCAGUGAGCUUCGAACACAUCAAACUGGAAUGCUUCGAUGAUCAGCGCCGCAUGCCGUUUGUGUCCUGCGAGGAGAAGGGUAAAGAGACCUACUACAGUGCAAUGCUGGAAUGCCGAGUUCACAAAAAGCAUCUCAAAACUACUGUGGGGGUGCCUACCGACGCAAAAGGACACUUCCAUGUUGCCGUUAAGAGGCUGAGAUCGAUGGAUGAAGAAGCCGACGGGAAAGCUAUAAUCGAAGAGGAAGUGAAGGCCUUGAAGCUGGCUAGGGGUCUCGAGACGGAGCACAUCAUCAAAUUCAUCGCCCAUUAUAAAUGGAAGGGCAAGCAUUUUCUUAUGUUUCCCUGGGCCGGUCGGGGCGAUCUAAGAGAGCUUUGGGAAAAAAACAAUACCCCACCUGCUCUGAGCAAGGAUGUUAUGCUCUGGAUGAUGGGACAGUUUUCUGGUAUGGCCGGCGCCAUUGAGGAAUUGCAUAACAGAUCUGGCGAGGAUCGACAAAAUUAUUGCCGCCACGGCGACAUCAAGCCACAGAAUAUCCUGUGUUUCGGCAAACCCGACGAUCUACUCACCCAGCUCCGUCUUGUCAUUGCAGACGUCGGCAUAGCCCGGAUUCAUGAGAAAGUCACAAAAGACCGAUCUCGCACGAAGCCCUCAGCAUCGACAAUCAUGUACGAAGCCCCCGAGAUGGGAGUGGGCAGUUCGACUGAGCCCAAGUCGCGGGACAUAGAUGUAUGGUCAAUGGGUUGCGUUUUUCUCGAAUUUAUUGUGUGGCUGCUCUAUGGCUACUCGGAACUCGACCUCUUCAGUAACGAUCAUGGGGAUAAGUUCUAUAAGAUUGAGAAAGACGAAACUGGAAACACAGCAGUUUUGCACCCGGGCGUACGUCAUUGGAUCAAACACAUUCAGGACAAUGACUGGCGAUGUGCCAAGGGGACGCCCCUGCGGUCAUUGGUUGAUCUCAUUGCUACGCGACUGCUGGCGGUGGCCAUUAGGGAACAUCCUGGAACACCCCCUGACGAUGAAGUUAGUCUCGCGAACGGUGUAAGCGGUAUACAACUUUUCGUGAGGGCAGCCACGGUAUAUGACGAUGCACUGGACAACAACAGGAUCGUGCGAAUGACAUCAACGGAACUAAAAGAGCGUUUACAGACCAUCAGGGAUACUGUAGAAGCUUCAGAUGUUUACGAUUGCCAUCCAAAGGAUGUGCCGCUAGCACCCAGGAGCUACGUUCGUCAAAAUCUAGAUGUUCCCAGCGAAGGGGACAAGCAAGUAGGCAUCCCGAAACUGCCGGAGGCUGGGAGCCUAGCACACCUUCGCAUUCUCAAGGCGUGGAUUGAAGACUGUGAUGAAACACAUCAAUGCGUCCCAAAAGGAAUAGAUUUCCUGCCGACAAGACUAUUAGAGGUCACAGAUGACGGUUUUAUACGACUUGUGCAUACCGUCCCCGAUCAAGCCAAAAAGAAACGUUAUGUCGCUUUUUCCCACCGUUGGGGAAAGUCUACGUGGGAGCCACAGUUCCGCGUGUACAAUACCAACAUUAGUCAAUGGCAAAAUGGUGUUCAUAAGGCCCAGCUACCUCAAAGCUUCCGGGACGCCGUACGCAUCACGCGUGGCCUCGACAUGCGUUAUCUCUGGAUCGACUCGCUCUGUAUAAUUCAGGAUAACACCGAGGACAAGAUAAGAGAAUUGCAACGGAUGGAACACGUCUUCAGCUCGGCAUACGUGACGAUAGCGGCCACCUGUGCCACUGACAGCAACGACAGAUUUCUCAAGACGCGCUAUAAGCGCCGCUAUGUGUCUAUGGGGAGGUACACCGUCUGCGAGCCCAUUGAUGACUUCAGCAAAGACGUCGACCAGGCCAGUAUCAAUCGGCGCGGUUGGGUGCUACAAGAGCGCGCGCUAUCGCGGCGGACCAUUCACUUUACAAGCAGACAAACAUACUGGGAAUGCGGUGGCGGCGUGCGCUGUGAGACGAUGACGCGGAUGAAAAACCCUAAAGCGUCCAUCCUAAGUGACCCCAACUUCCCACAGUCACUAAGCGCUUUUGUUCGCGGCAAGAGAAUAAAGACAUUCCAGAGCCUCUACGAGCGCUACUCGGGCCUCGAGCUAUCCUUUCUUACGGACCGGCCUCACGCUAUCCGUGGGCUCGAGACCCGUCUCCUCGACACGUUUCGUACUACCGGUGGCUUUGGCGUCUUUGACCGUUACCUGCACCACUCUCUGCUCUGGCAGAGGCCGGCUGGAGGGGAAUUGAAGCGCAUAGAAUUUCUUGAAGGGAUGCCCAAGCCACCGUCCUGGUCUUGGAUGUCUUAUUCCGGAGUCAUUGAAUAUAUGAAGGUGCCACUGGGAAAAGUUAGCUGGCGCGACGACAUCAAAUCGCCCUUCUCGCACGAUGGGACGCAAGAUGGCCAAGUUCCCCAGCUAGAGUGUCCCGUUUGGUACAUUUCAGAUACAGAUGAUGGGGAGAUAUACCUGGACGAGCCGGAACGUUUCCCUCGUCCUUGCCAGUGCGUUGUUAUGGGAAAGAGUGCGGAACAGCCCGAUGGUGCUGACCAGCUGCAUUAUCUGCUGCUGGUGCAACUUGUCGAGGGCCGCGAUAUCUACGAGCGCAUGGGAGUGGCCAUUCUUAAGAGAGAAUACAUUCAUCUUCAAAAAAGCAUGGAAGGCCGGAUUCGUUGA